UUUCAUUUACAAAAGCUGGAAUGAAGGCAGAGCAACCCCAACAAUCCACUUCCUUAAGGAAGGGCUCAUUUUUCUGUAUAAAAAUCCAGCUGGCCAGAGAUCUCUCAACACAUCCAAGAGUCCAGAGAGCCUCAUCAUCUGAGGGUCAGCAGCCUUUGAAGCAUGAGUUCCUACCAGCAGAAGCAGCCCUUUGUCGCACCUCCUCAACCUCAACAGCAUCAAGUGAAGCAACCUUGCCAGCCUCCACCACAAGAGCAAUUUGCUCCCAUAACCACCACGGAGCCAAGCUGCACAGAUGUUCCACAACCAGGAAACACCAAGAUUCCAGAGCCAUUCAACACCAAAGUGCCUGAGCCAGGCUAUGUCCUUGGGCCAGAUUAUACCACAAUGCCUGGGCCAUGCUCUACCAACAUCCCUGAGCCAGAUUAUACCACAAUGCCUGGGCCAUGUGAUACCAACAUCACUAAGCCAGAUUGUACCACAGUUCCAGGCUCAUUCUCUACCAAAGCCACUGAAUCAGAUUAUACAGCAAUGCCUGGGCCAUGCUCUACCAACAUCCCUGGACCUGGGCCAGCUUGCACCACAGUUCCCGAGUCAUGUUCCACCAAUAACACUGACUCAGGUUAUACCGUGAUUCCUGGGCCAUGCUCUACCAAUGUUCCUGAACCUGGCUAUGUGAACAUCUCAGAGCCCAACUAUACCAAGGUCCCUGAUCAGGGCUACACCAAGGUACCUGGCCAGGGAUAUUCUAAUGUACCAGAGCCAUGCCAGUCCAAGGUUACUGAGGUGUACCCUACAAAUGUCACUCCAGAACUAACUCAACAGAAGACGAAGUAGAAGUAAGGUCCUUGAAGAGCCAACCACCCGCUGCUGAACUUCUUCUUGUCUGCUUCUGUCCCCAUCUUCUAGGGACCAUGUAGCGAUAUGUUGCCAUACCCUCUAUUGUAUCCUAAGAAUGUGUGCCAUAGUGUCUUCCUCUAUGCCCCCCCCAAGAUGUCUUUAAAGCCUUGGAGUUAAGCAGAAUGUCUCAGGACAUUGAACGCUUUGAUUCCUUGGAGCUUACCUAAAGCAGAACUAUGGGAUUCUCUAUGGGAAAAAAAUGCAUGUUUUCUGCUUUGCCCCAUUAAAUUGCUUUUAUCUCCA